AUGUGGCGGGUGGCGUGUCGCGAGGCGCGCAAGCAGGUCGCGUCGCUGACCCAUGGGCCUGCGUGUCGCGGCGCGCACGGCGCGCCCGCACCGGGCGGUCCUUAUCCGCUGCAUUCCCUCGCGCACGCCGCCCCGCCCACCGCCGCCACGCCGCAUCACGCGCGCCUCAUCCCGUCGCUCGUCGUCGCUCACGGCCCCGCAUCCCUCGCCACCAACGCGAAGCGCAUCGGCGCAUGGCGGCACGCGUCGCCCCUCGCGCUCACGCUCACCUCCCCCUCGCUCUCCGCUCUCCGCUCCGCCCUCACGCAUUCCUCCGCCAGCCUCUCUUCCGCCACCCUCUCCGCCGCCGCCUCUCUGCCCGCCGCCGCCCGCGCGAGCCUCGCCGUCCCCGCGGCAGGCGCGGCGGCAGGGCGGGCGGCAGGCGUGAGCGUGUGGAAGCACUACGGGCGGUGCUACUACGAGCUCAGCAAGACGCGGCUCAGCCUGCUGGUGGUGGCAACAGCGGCAGCGGGGUUUGUGAUGGGCAGUGACGACCGCGUUGACUGGGCAGGACUUGGAUGGACCUCGCUUGGAACCUUCCUGGCAGCUGCCUCCGCCAACACGUGGAACCAGGUGUACGAGGUGGCGAAUGACGCACUAAUGAAGCGCACGCGGGGGAGGCCCCUCCCGGCAGGGCGCAUGACCCGGCAGCACGCCAUCGCAUGGGGGCUGCUCACCGGGGCCAGCGGCCUCGCCAUCCUCGCAACCCAGACCAACAGCAUGACGGCAGGCCUGGGAGCGGCCAACAUAGCACUGUACGCGGGGGUGUACACGCCUCUCAAGCAGCUGCACAUCGCCAACACGUGGGUGGGCGCUGUCGUCGGAGCCAUCCCGCCUCUCAUGGGUUGGGCGGCGGCGAGUGGGGGGUUAGACGCGGGGGCAGCAGUGCUGGCAGGAGCGCUGUACCUGUGGCAGAUGCCGCACUUCCUUGCUCUCGCCUGGCUCUGCCGCAAGGACUAUGCUGCUGGGGGCUACCGCAUGCUGUCUCUGGCGGACCCCACGGGGCGGCGCACAGCGGCAGCAGCGCUGCGCAACUGCUGCUACAUGCUGCCACUGGGACUCGCUGCCGUCUCCCGUGCGCCCUCCCCGCCCUCCCCGCCCUCCCCACCGUCCCUACCCCUCCACCCAUUCAUGCCAUGCUCUCAAUACCUCAGAUGCUCAUGCCUCACCCAUCUCAUCCCUCACCCAUCUCAUCCCUCACCCAUCUCAUCCCUCACCCAUCUCAUCCCUCACCCAUCUCAUCCCUCACCCAUCUCAUCCCUCACCCAUCUCAUCCCUCACCCAUCUCAUCCCUUGACCUUCUCACUCCAUACCUCCUUCCCUCCGCUCACCCCCACCUCGUUCCCCCCUUCCCUCACAGUGGGGUGCACGACAGCGCCGUUCCUAUGGGAGAACGUGCUGCUAACGGGGGCGUUCACAGCAGCGGCAGUGCCCUUCUAUCGCAGCCCCUCGUCAGCAUCAGCCAGGCAGCUGUUCCGCGCCAGCCUGCUCUUCCUGCCCGCCCUCAUGGCCGCCAUGCUGCUGCACCGCCUCCCCCACCACCCCCUCCCCGCCCAUGCUCUCUCCCCCGCCCCCGCGCCCACACUCACCCAUGCGCCGCUUCCCUCCCACGCUCCUGCAGUGAUGGCAGGUGCAGGCGAGAGUGGGGUAGGGGGAGCAACAGCGGGAGAGCAGGGGGCGAGGGAGGAGGUGGAGCAGAAGGCAUGGGGGGAGGCCGGGGCGAGGAGGGCAUGGGAGGCAGCAGGGAGUGGCGAGAGGGGUGAGAGCAGGAGGAGGGCGAGUCUCCCCCCGGUGGCGUAUUACUCGGCUGCUCCCUUUCCCUUCCUCCCCGUGCCCCACUACGCAUGA